AUGUACAUCUGGUCAAUAUCUAACAGUAGUAGUAUCAUCAGCAGCAAUCAUCCUGAUCUAUUAAGAAAAUAUUCAAAAAACUUAAUUAUCAAGCAAGUAAAUAUGAACAAUGAAAUUGAAAAAUUAAAUAAGAAAUUACAUUUACAAUUGUCCAUUAAAUUUGUUAUCAAAAGUAAAAAAAUGAGUGCGUAUAGUGAUGUAUUUAGAUUUGUGAUUCUAUUUAAUUAUGGUGGUAUUUAUUUGGAUACAGAUUUUAUUUUAUUAAGAGAUUUUCAACCGUUUUAUCCUUAUCAAUUUGCAUAUAAGUGGACAUUUUUAAAUAAAUAUAAUACAGCUAUUUUGAAAUUAAAUAAACAUUCAAUCAUAAAUAAACAAAUACAUCAAGAUGUGGAUAAACAAAUUAUAGAUGAUACAAACAAUGAAUAUUCAUUUCGUAAAUUAAUACGUCAGUUAACACAAUUAGGUGAAAUUGAUAGUUAUUAUCAUCCACGAGCACUGAGCAGUACACAAAACACUGAUCUGUUACGUUUACCAACAGUAUUUUUUGAUCCAUUAUGGUUAGUUGUUGACGGUGUUGAUAAAAAAGCACAAGUUGAAUGGCAAGUAGAUCAAUAUGGUUUCGACGAAGUAUUUUAUGGAAAUAGUUUCCUUAGUCAAAAUAUGUUUAUAUUCAAUGGAGCAUUUGCCUAUCAUUGGCAUAAUCGAUUUGACAUGAAACCAGAAAAUGGAUCAUUUCUCCAAAAAUGGAUCGAUUUAUUAAAUGUAAAAAUCGGAUAA